CCCUGGUCCUACUGCCUUUCCCCCAUCACAGCCCCUGGUUUCCCCCCCCUCCCCUCUUUCAGAUCCUGGUCUCCCCCACUCGCCUCCUCCUCCUCCUCACAGCCCCUGGCUUCCUUCACCCACUGGUCAUCCUCUCCCUCUGUCUUACGCCUGAUUUCCUUCUCCCUCAAACUUGCACCUUGGAUCUAAUUUUCCUCUCUUCCCCUCCACCUUAUCUCUAUUUUUCCCCUCUCUCUCUAACUCUCUCUCUGAAACCUCCACCUUGUGUCUCGUUUCCCUUUCUCCUCAAACCCCUCCCUUGUCUGAUUUCUCCCCCCCCCCCCCCCCUCAAGUCAAAGACUUCCACUUUGUGUCAACCCCCCCUUUCAUUUUUCCCUGGCUUUUCCUCCUCGCUUUCACCCUUCCCUUUAAAAGAGACGAACAAAAAGGAAGACACGGCAAAUUUUAAAUCUUCCUGUUUUAUUACUCAACGUUUGGGGGGAUUUUUACAAUUUUAUAUUGAUAUAAAACAGACACACUUUUUAUUCAAUUUGGAGUUCGCCUCCCAGUGUUUCUCUUCAGUUAAUUGUUUUUGUUGUGGGUUGGGGUUUAAAAGGUUUCUCUCCCCCUCUGGAUUUGUCGGAUCACUUCCCCAAAGCAGAGAGGAAAGGCCUUCCCGUCUCUUUCUCUUCUCAAUCCGUUGUCCGCACUCUCUCAUGUUUAAUUCUUAGCUAAAAUCCUCAAAAUAACCCGCCUGUUCUGGAUGUGCAACAUCUCUCUAUCUCUCUCUGGGCAUCCUCUUUGGAAACAAGUACUUCCAAGGACAUUGCUUUGUUUUCUUUCCUGAAACCCAUCCCUUUUUUCCCUUUGGGAGAUCCCCGGGAAGGCAACGACUGGAAAGCAGGGAGCACGGUGUCUUCGAUUUUUGUCCCCAGCAAUUGUCCUCAGAAACCCACACGUGGAAUGAAUGCCUCUGAUCCUGGACCAUUGUCAAGGGGUCUCUCCCCUGGGCCAGCAUCUUGGUGACUUCUGGACGAGUUUGUGUCUGCAGGCAGGAAGAGGUAAAAGAGCGGAGAGAAAGGGACACAUUGCCUUCUCUUCCCCCUUCGAAUCCACACUGACUUCUCUCGGUGAAAUGAAGAGGAAGGCGCGAGACGAUUCUUCCUGAAUUUGAGCUGGACGCCAGUUCUCGGUGAAUUUUCUUUUCUGUCCGCACCGACAAAGCUCGCCCAGCCUGGAGGAAAGAGGCAGGGUGAGACCUUCUGUCGAAUACCCCACGUUUUUGUUAGAAACCACAGCAAGCGAAAGAGACGCAUAGGGACCCAGGCGGCCAUGGAGGGCCCAGGCCGACCUGGAGGUUACCGCCAGAGCCGGAGGUCCCGCUCCCAAAGGGACAGGGACAGGAAGUUGGCCGGCUCUGGGGCUCGGGAGAGCAGACCUUACUCCCCGUCCUCGGGCUCCGAGAGGGAAGCAGGAGAGGGCCCGGCUUCUGGGACAGGCCCAGGACUUGGCCUCGGCCUGGGGUCCGGGCCUGGCUCGUCCAGGCCCCGACCCCCCCGACGUAGGAGGAAGGAGUCGACGUCCUGCGAGGAGGACAUCAUCGAUGGGUUCGCUAUUGCCAGCUUCCCGAGCCUGGAGGCACUGGAGAAGGAGGCGCUGCCCAAGCCUCCAGAGCGAGUGGACGGCCAGCGCAAGCAGCUGGAGAAGCGGAAACCCGAGGACGCCAGGCCGAGCUCGCCAGGCGAGGGGCCAAGGCGAGCCGGCAGCUCCGACUGGGAGCAGGGCCGGCACAACGGCAACAGGGAUCACCAGAGCUCACCGCCCACCAAAAAGCUGAAGACCAAGGGUGCGAGCAGGAAGAACGAGAGCACGGGCGGUGAGAAUGGAACCUCCCAACGCAGCAGCUCGCGUGGCGCAGGAAGUGACGUCUCUGCGCAAUCCAGUCUGGGCACAGGAUAUUUUGUAAGUAUUUCACUCUGAAACCCAUAUCAUUCCCUCUGCCUCCUCCUGGAACCGCUGCUCCCGGUUUGUCCCAGCUC